CUCGGAGUUUCUUCGAAACGCCAAGAAGCAUCGCGUGCUUGCCCCAGGCAAAUACGAGUAUGAGCCUAGGUGGUUGCCUGCCGAUGUGACUUUGCCCUCACUUCUAUUCAUCCCGGUUGUACAUGGCAAGUCGUGGAUGGUCGAAUACCUCGUCAAGCAGGACCCCAUCUCCUGGACGUGGAUGUUGCCCCUGGUUGGGGUUCUCCCCUGAUUUUCGCUAUGGCCGAGAAUCCUGACUGCCUCAGUAUUCUCCUGAAGCCGGGCGUCGAUUUCAACAAGCAUUCCUUCUUCAAACCCAAUUUAUAUCGCCAAUACACCAGGGGCAACUCCCAUGCUCGCCAAUACAUCAGGGGCAAGUCCCAUGCUCCAAUUUCGUGGGCAGCUGUGACUGGAAGCGAAAUCGCCGUGGAUUUCUUGCUUUCACAAACGGAGGUCGACAUACCUGAUGACAUCCUGCACAUGGCUGUUGGAGCGAGCGAGCCGUCGCACGCAUGUAUCCGCAAAUUCCGUCAACGUGGUGCGGAUGUCAAUUUCAUGGUCGACAGUUCUACCCCUAUCCAUUCUUUCCUCACUGAAAUUUGGCGAUUCUAUGAUAAAAGCCAAUUGCUACCCUGCAUAAAAGCGCUCGUAGAACCAUCUUGUAAUCUUUCUUUGCAAGACCGGACCGUCAGAACAGUACUACACAUCGCUCUUGAUGCACGUCUAGAAGAUAUUGUCACAUACCUUCUCGAGCAAAACGCAGGGCUGUCAGCAACGGCGACUGUCCUUCCAGACAUGUGGAGCUGGGCUACAAACAAGACGUGGUUUCCCAAGGUUCAAGCAGCGGCUCUUGCUGCUGAUCAACCGUGCAUCAGAAUUAAGGGGAAGGUUGUUGUUGAUACAGCGGAAUCGAAACUCAUCGAGUUUUCAGUUGCAGUCACUGCAGACUGUGAUAAUCCCAAUCCGAUUUACGCUGUCGUUGUUUCAGCAAUACUCAAUGGCAAGCUGUCAGGUGUGAGUAACCACUUUCAUCCAGCCGUAUAAUUUACUGAUUAGUCAAGGUUAAAGGGCAUCAUCGCCGACCUUUCGUGUUGUGAUCAGUCACUUCAAAAGGACAUCCAAGACUCCCCGCAAGAUGAUUCCCCCAGACUCAAACUCUACUUCAGAUGGAAACGUGGGCAGCGUGUCUCUAGUCGCUUGUUCGACUAUCAUCAAGGAGACAAAGUUACCAGGAUGCUGCAUCAGUUAACCGAAGAUGAAGACUCGACUGGCACCUCCCUUUGUCUUCAGAUGACCAAGAACAAGUGUAAUCUCAAAGUCUUUGAACAUGUGGUAGAGUUCGUACUCGAUAUUUACAGAGGACCUUUACCUUAGUCUCGAGGU